ACGUCAUUAAUAUGGCGCCAAAAGAUUUUGAAGUAUGAGCUAUUUCGUUGCUAGGUCCUGUAGUGUACGCCCGUGCCAAAAAAAAUCGCGUUGUUUUCCUGGAGGUAAAUUUCCCAAGUGAGUCUCCCUCCUGCGAUCUGACCGUCCGGGCUCUUGUUUUAUUUCCACCCUCCAAAUUAAUACUCUACCGGGAAGGGAUCGGACUGCAAAAAAAAAACAAUGGAGGGAAGAUUUUUUUUAAAUUUAAAAAAAAAACACAAGAUGCAGUUUGCAAAAAAGGAUCGGUGCGAAAGGAUAAGAAACGCAACAGGACUGCAUUAAAGUGAUCUGGAAGAGAGAGGGGGGAAGAGAGAGAGAGAUUUAAAUGUAUUAAUGUGCAUCGGAUCGAUGCGCGUUUCCUCAUGAGCCGCUUUUAACAUAUAUCAGCACCAUCGCAUUUAUAUUACAACACCAUCACCACCAUCGUGGCCCGAGGAGAGUCACCGCAAAAAAAAGAGGCUAGAUCCGAAGCUAACAAGCAAGCAAAACAAAAAUUGCAUGGUUUUGCUGGUUGCUGAGUGCAAGCUGCUCUGCUGACUCUAGGGGGAGUGGCUCUUGUUUAUCCCGAAUCCGCUGCGCUCAGGUUCACUGAGGGAGGCGUGGCUCGUCAGUUUCAUCCCCUGCCAGCAGCAGCACAACCGAAAGGUGGGGGCGGGGAAUAAAAAGUUCCUUACGCAGUGAUUGUGUUGAAAAGGAAGUUCAGAUCAGUUUCAGAUCAAUGGUGAUUCCCAAGAGGUUGAUAGUGGAGUACUCAGUGAUGGAGUGGAGCUAUUAAUAUUUAAGAUGUUUUAACAUCCGUGGAAGCAUCUAGUUAGUUGGAAAUGCUGUUACUAUUCAUAAUACAAGAUGUAGCUACUGGGCAAAUAAUCUGGGAAAACGGACACAUACUUUGAAAAGACCAGAAGAUUGUAUCACAAGGUUUCCGGAUGGAUAAUGAAAUAAUGAAACGGAGGAAAUUUUCCAUCAGUAGUGAGGACUCAGACACCAUUGACAGUCAUAUAACACUAUGGUCUCGAGGUUCUAAAUCAGCAACUACAAAGCACCCUUGGACAAGACAGGAAGAGAAGAAACCUUCAGAGGUUUUUCGAACGGAUCUGAUCACUGCCAUGAAGCUGCCUGAAUCCUACCAGCUUAAUGCCGAUGAGUACUAUGUGCUGGCCGACUCAUGGCGACAGGAAUGGGAAAAGGGCGUUCAAGUUCCAGCAAAUACCGAGUCAAUUCCCGAACCAGUAGUGAGGGUUUCACCAGAGUUUGAGAAAACACUCCUGACUCCCAGAGAACAAAUGUUGGAGUCUCUAACCAGCUACGAGUCUUCUGAGUCUGCCCACAUGGACAUGAAGUUUUCUCCAAGAAGUAUGUGUCGCUAUGACCUUGAUGAGGUUGAUGUCCACUGGUUGGAACUGGUGAAUGCAGAAUUUCAGGAAGCAGGAAUGCUUGAAGUGGAUGAGCUGAUGAUGGAAAAGAUCAUUGAGGAGCUGGAAAGCCAAUGCCAGGAAAACAUGAAUUUGGCAAUCGAGACAGAAGAGGGUCUGGGGAUUGAAUAUGAUGAGGAUGUGGUGUGUGACGUAUGCCGUUCUCCAGAAGGGGAGGAUGGCAAUGAAAUGGUUUUCUGCGACAAAUGCAAUAUCUGCGUUCACCAGGCUUGUUAUGGAAUUCUGAAGGUGCCCCUUGGCAGUUGGUUGUGUCGGACAUGUGCCCUGGGUGUUCAGCCGAAGUGCUUGCUGUGUCCCAAGAGAGGAGGAGCUUUGAAGCCAACACGCAGUGGCACAAAGUGGGUCCAUGUUAGCUGUGCCUUAUGGAUACCUGAAGUAAGUAUAGGUUGCCCUGAGAAGAUGGAACCCAUUACAAAGGUGUCCCACAUCCCUGCUAGCAGAUGGGCUCUGGCUUGUAGCCUUUGCACUGAACGGACUGGGACGUGUAUUCAGUGUUCAAUGGCCUCCUGUAUAACAGCAUUCCAUGUGACUUGUGCAUUUGAUCGUAAUUUGGAAAUGAGGACUAUUCUUGCAGAGAAUGAUGAAGUCAAGUUUAAGUCCUACUGCCUAGAACACAGCAGCACUCCCACCACUUGCUCUACCAAGCGUGAUGAGGCCCGGCAGUUCACUGUGGCUACUGAUGGAAUAGCAGAGGUGAAUCAGAGUGAGCGGGACUUGGAGAAGGCAAGCCUGAGGAAGCAGAAGCUUCAACAACUUGAGGAAGAGUUCUAUGAACUGGUGAAACCCACAGAUGUGGCCCAGCAGCUGCAGAUGUCCGAUGUCUUGGUGGAUUUUUUCUACCAGUACUGGAGGCUCAAGAGGAAAUCAAAUUUCAACAAACCUCUCCUGGCUCCAAAAACAGAUGAAGUGGACAACCUUGCCCAGCAGGAGCAGGACAUCUUAUACCGAAGGCUGCGGCUUUUCACCCACCUCCGUCAAGAUUUGGAGAGGGUUAGAAAUCUUUGCUACAUGGUGACACGGAGAGAGAAGAUGAAACGAUCAGUCUCCAGGCUCCAGGAACAAAUAUUCCACCAUCAAACCAAACUGAUAGAAGAGAAUCUCCAUCGAGGAUAUUCUGGAAAAAAAAUAAAAGGAAAACUGAGUGACCCAAAGGAGCGAGGGAAGAACAGAUCAAAGGGCAGCCAUGAGAAGAAAGGCAAGUUAACGAGUGAAACACAGUCUUUGCUGAAGCAGUUUGGUUUGUCAACUUCCAUUUCAUUGGAUGGGGAUCUUUUGCAGAAUUGGCUGGCCCAGACUGUUCAAGCUAAGACAGAAAAUCUCUUGAGCCAUUGGUCUUUCCAUAGUGGUCCAGGAAAUGAAGAAGCAACAAGCUAUCUGUCAGAUAAGCUGAUGCACGAUGAGCAGUCAUUAUUGAGCAUUGGCUCAAUGAACAGUGCUGGAGAUCCUCAGUCACAACCAUCCUUCACACUGGAAAAAGAGUCCAGGCACAAGGCAGGGGAAGACAGUAAGUCUAAGUCUUUGAAAGAUCAAGUAGGCAUCAUUCACACCAAGAACCAAUGUAAGAAGCAGCUGGACUAUCCACUAGAUGGCACAUCCUGGCCUGCCAACUCCAGUGAACUUGCUGCGCAGGGCAUUUGCACAAAUGGGCCCAAGGGGUUAGGAGCAAAGGCCAAUGGAAGUCAUAAAAGGGCCAGUGAAGUGCGAAAGAUCAGCAAAAAACAGGCCUCGCAUCAUUCCAGUUCCAAGGCAGCUCUCCCCAGCACAUUGCCAAUAAGGAAUACCAGUGAAAUUGGUGAAACAUUGGAUUAUUUUGAAUCUGCUUUACCUAAACCCAGUUCUUCGGUUAAAGUGCCUAAAACAUCCACAAACCCAAAAUCAUGGGUAACUUUCAAGAUUCCAAAACCAAGAGAAAGCAGCAGAAAGUCACAAGUGCAGAAGCAGGAUCUGGGAAACAGUUUUCAACAGGCGAGCCCAGAAAGAGAAAAAAAGCCCAAAGAGACAACAAAGGUGAAGCUGCUCUUUGACAAUGAGACUGACGGUUACUUUUCUGAUGCUGAAAUGAGUGACUCGGACACAGAAUCCAUGGCUGACAGGUCGCAAAGGCUUCAGCGACUGAGUUCAGAAAGCAUGGUUGUACACCGAAAAUGUGGUGGUGAGGUUGUCAGAAGGAGCAUUCUAGCUUCCUAAAGUAUCCAGACUAAUUGGAUAAAAAAUAGUCAGGUGGUUCAAAUCCCCACUUCCUGCUCUCACACUCAUUUCUGUUGAUAACCUGACCUACGAAAUGCAUAUCCUGCAAGAUCCAGCUAACUGAUUCAAAUAUCAGGGGAGGAAGUUUAUCAUGGUCGGUAGUUUUAUAGUAAUGCCUGCCUCUGUUUUCUCCUCUCGAUAUUCAGUCCCGUCGACUUCAGUGGAACUAAAUAUCAGGAAGAGUGUGGGCGACAGGCCGAUCAGAAUUCUCCCCCUCCCAUUGUCAUUGCCUCUCUUUACCCUACAGAUUCCAGCCUAAUAAGAGUAUCUCUGUGUAAUGAACUUUUAAUCAGUCUGUUCCAUAAAAGCAUUUUAAAAAGUAUGUGACUCAACUUAUAAUAAACCAGGAAGCAGUCAUGGUUACUACUUAUAGUACAUAGUGUGUAGUUUGUGCCCUGAUGAUCUGAUUUAUAUUACAAGUGUUAGUCAUGUGAUUUCUUAUACCUUCUGGUAUGACAUCAUAAUUAUCUCUUUCCUUCCUCCAUUGUCCUGCUUCUACCUAUUGCUGCCGGAGGAAAAGUGUAAAAAGACAGCCUUAAUUGAAAAGUGGAAGUAGAAUACACACUAUGUAUUAUAAAACUAAGUGGUUGAAAAUAGGUUUAAAGCAGUGAUUCAAUCUUGGAAAGAGAUAUUCUGUCAUUCAUAAACCCUUCAAAUAUUCGUCUCAUAGUUUGAGGCAUUAAUUACUGCCUUAUAACUCACCACCAGCUGUGUUAUCCAACACAUUUACUGAGUUUAAUGUGGAGUAUAAAAAUGUCAUAAAGAAGUAAGGGGCUGAACAAUCACUGCAUUUACUAUUUGGGGCAUUCAUGGCUCUCUCCCGCCUGGUGGUCUGCCUGUGGCACACUGACAUGUCGGCAGUCUGGUGGGAAAUGUUAUGCGCCUGUGAUUAAGAUUUUGAACAGAAAACUCCCAUUCAAUGAUAGAUAAAAUAAAGUGCAAAGGAUGACUUGUAGGAAAAUAAAGAAGAUGGGAUUUUUUGUGGAGUUUAUCUUCUAUUAAAAAUAAAGCACAAAAUGCACUUUUUAGAAGUCUGGCAAGUUGAUGAAAUUGCUGACUUCGGAGGCCAUACAAGACUUGCCAAGCAAAAGGGAAUUUUUUGUACUUUUUAGAAAUGUAAGGAAGUAGCCAGAUGAUACAAAGGAAACUUCAACAGUGUCUAUAAUAAUGUAUACUGGAGUACAUAAGCAGUAACAAUAUUAUCAUAUACUGUAGGUGUGUUAUACACAGUCACACACUGUUUUAUGAUGGGAGUGUUAUACCGUAUUAUGCAGUGUAGUGUGGUACAAUAAAUCUGAGUUUUAUACCCAGGAACACUUUAAUAGGGUUUGAAGUUAUGCCAUAGAAUAUGGAGUUUAAUGUGUUAAAAAUUCUCCACUAUUUUAACAAAGGAGCUAACCUGAUUAUUUUAAAACGGCAAAGAAAAAUUUGAGAAAAUUGCAAUAGCAUCUUCAUACUGGUAUCCCAAUGCACAAUUUCAAGACUGUAGUAUAUUUAUAUGAUAGGCACAGCAACAUGCAGUCUAUACAGGACUGUAAUAAUGGAAUGAACAGGGCUAAUUUAUUAACUCUGCACAACUGUAUGGAGUGAGGAUAGAGUCGAAAUAAUUAUGCCCCCUUAUUGCCCCACUCCUUGCCUGUUGCCAUAUUUGCUGCGGACCUUCACAGGUGCCCAUCUGAAUCAACUGACAAGCUCAGUGCUGCGCGCAAAGUGGGAUUCAGUGAAGUCCCAAGGAGUUCAGUGCUGUUCAGAAGGACAACUCGGUGCAAUGUCCACUGCACACACGCUGUCCAGUUGAACCAUGUGAUGAACCAUUGAAAAACAUCAGAAGUUUUUAUAAUUGUUUCUGUAUAACCAGGAGGAGCACUCUGCUUCUUGUGGAUUCAGGAGUAAAAUGUGGACAGCUGUUGCCCCAAGCUUUCCUAAAUGCAAAGGACAGAUAUAAAAUCCAAAUCUCAAUACUCCAAACAUUAGAAAGGCACUGUACGUAUGGACCAGCACAGUGUUGCUUGGUUAGAUCAACUGGCAGGGGGCAGCCUCCAUAUGUAUGCUGGUGACAUCCAGCUUUACCUCUACCUUAUUCAUUUUUGCCCACCAUCACCUCUCUGUCAGAUUUUAUGACAUGGACUUGGGAAACAACAACUUCAACCUUCAACAAGUCUCCACAAUUAUCAUUGACUUCAUUCUUCUCCCUGGCCAUUUGCUCAAUCUGAAUUACUCCUUGCACAAAGUUGACUCUGCGUUCAAUGCCUGCACCCCAUUUAAUCCAUUCUGUCAGAAAUGCUCUACCUCUCUUUUUGACUUCUCCAGGAUCCUACUCAAAAGCCCCAGGGACACCAACAGGUCCCACAGGCAACCGAUUGCCCACACCAAGACUAGAAGGAUGCUGGGACCUGUUCUUGCUUCACUUGCUUCAUUAGCCCGUUUGCAUGCAUUAUCUAGGUCUCUCUGUCUCAUGAAGUAGUUUACCUGAGCAAAACUGAAGGAGCUCAAAGGGAUUGUCGGAUUCUGUUUCACUUGGCAGUCAGCUUGAAAUCCAUUCUCCAUCACGUUACAUUUAAGAUAUUUUCUUACUUCUCAUUAGAUCUCACUAUCUCUUCAGCAUCCUUCAACCUUAUAAUACCCACACUUCAGCUGUUGAACUUUUCAGUACACCCAUCUCCCUUUGCCUCACCACUAAUGGCAGAGCUAUCAGCCAACUCAGUGUCAUUCUUUAGAACUCUUUCCCUAGCCUUAAUUUUAUCACACCUUAGAUAAAGAGGUGAAGGUAUUCACAUUAAAUAUAGAUUUUAUAAAGUUUGCUUUUACAGUAAUAAUUUUGACUGUUCUGACCCCUGAACAUUACAACCACAAUCAAGUAUAUUGUAAACAUUUCAAGAUACUCAAGAAAGAAGACUACUCACAUUUUAUUGCAAGCUGAAUGGUUACACAUUGCUUUGAGCAACUUUUAAUGUUCACUUAAAAACAAAUUAGAUGCAAAAUAUGAAACCUGGCCCUUCAUUUUUCUUAAACAUGCUAAUUGUCGGGUAUGUUCAUCAUGAUGUGGUCUAACGGUUCCUUUAUUUUCUUGGAAUAUAUGCCUUGCUGGGAAGGCUUUUUUGGCAAGACAUUCCUAUUAACAAUAGGAAAUCCUUACAAAAAGAAUUUCCUGAUAAUAUCUGGGACUUUUUGAAACUCACAAGACUUGCAUCAAUCCAAAGCUGCAGCACACCUGGUUAAUGAGAAACCGCUAUGAUUGAGCCCAAAUCUUAAGGUGUGGUUUCUUGUGGUUUUUAACACCAGCAACCAUGUAGAACUGGCCACAAAGUAGAAAUAAGAGCAUUAUAAAUAAUUAUGUUUUUUUUUACUGCAUAAUACAUCAAAAGACUCCUUUUAAAUGCAUAAUAUAAAAUCUGCUCUCUGUACAUUUUAAUGUACUGGAUCUUGUUAACUAUUUUCUAAUAUAUUCAUAAGGGCAGCAAAAUUUUCCACUUUCGUAUUCACUGGCAGCAAUAAACACUUGUAGGUCAGAUCAGCUGCAGCUUAGGACUGAUCUGAGUUUCACAAUACUGAAUUGUUCUGCACCUUCAAUAGUGUGUCAAAUAAGCCAGCUCUGUUGAAUCAAGUUAUGUAACCUGCCUAAAAUGGUCUCAAUCCUGCAACUGAUUUUAAACACAUUGCUGUGAAACUUGCCAGCUAAAAUACAACUCAGAAUUAGUGAUGAAUGGAUUUAACUAAUUAUGUUACACUAGAGCUGCCUUUCUUGCCGUGAAGUAAACUGUUGGUAUGUGUUGACUUCUUUGCAUUGUCCCAAAUAUUACAGCAUUAUUGUCGCCUAGAUCGGUCUGUUGAGAAGCUGGACUUCACAUCUGGAGCUGAGUUCUUUCUAAAAUUAUGGGGGUGACUUUGUAAAUUGUUGUUAGCAGCUGAAAUUGUUGUCAGCAACAUUGAAAUCUUGAAAAGGAAAUGUGUAAAUUCCAUGAUUGAGUAGUAAUGUUGUUUAGAAGUUUUCUUGUCUGGAAAGGUGAAAAUGUCUGUACUUUCCUGUACUACAUGGCACCAAAAUUGGGUAGCAAUGCAGUGAUACUGGAAGAACUACCACAGGUUAAAGCCAGGAAGCCUCAUUCUUUCACUUUAGCUUCUCUCUAGGCUUCCCAUUCAUUUGAGAUGAUUACUAAGUGUCGCCAGUGUGAUACUGACAAGGGUAUCAGAGUACCCAUAAAUUUAUUUCUUUACCAAUCUAACAAUAAUUAGCAAGUCCCAAGUAUGAUCAUUUUCAUUGUUCAUUUGAAGUUUCACCUUUUUCUGAGCUAUACUGAUGCUCUGUAACAUCGUGAAUAUUGGAUUAAUGUGUGCAAAGAACACCAAAUAAAUGAAAGUCGCAUUAGGAGACAGAGUAUGUUGAAUCCUCCAGCAGCUGGCCUGGGAAUGUUGCAUGAGUACAUUUAAACCAAUAUCAGUGUCUGAUCAUAUAAUAUAACUGUUGAUAGCAAUGUCUUUCAAUGUGAGUAUUUCAUGAGCUUUUGAAGGAAUCAGGUGGUAUGCAGCCUCACCACUUGGGCAUGGUUUUCAGUCUGGCUAGAGUUUGCCAAUACAAGUCACUGUCUUCAGUGAAGGACUGGGAGAAAAUUAGGGAAUGAGGUAUGAAUAAAGCUGUCACUGCCUUUCAAAAAGGCUUUCACUGUUUUGGAAAGAAGUCUGACUAUUUUUCCACUAUGUCUCUGGUGUGUUAUUUUAAAUAAUUAUUGUGGUAUAAGAAGGCAGAGAGUUGGCCAGAGGGUCUGCUGUAUCACAGGAAUUCAGAUAUUAGAAUUGUGUACCAGUGAAUCUGAUUCUGCAGGUUGCCACUGAUUGUUUCCUGAGCGAUUGCAGUCCCAGAAUGCAUUGAACAACUUAAGGCACUGAGUGGGAACUCAGUUGAUGUAAAAUUAACAGUUACAUGUGGGAAGGUCUGAAAUCUUGAUUCUGAUAUGUUACAUUUUUAUGUUAGCAGCUGAGGCAAUCUGAAAAGCAUGAGUAAACUGAAUGAACAAAAUCCAAAGCUGCACAUUUUUGCAAAUAGAAGGAAUUGGUUCAGGGGAAAUGCAGUUGGGAGCAUUGAUUUCCCCAUAUUAGUCCAUAAUAGUUAGAAUUGAAAUCCUCAAUAAACAGUUGGAAGGAAAUAGCAUCACUACUGAGCUUUAGUGAUACAUGCCGAUUGUUGUUCUCCUGUCCAAACUUUUUUGUUGUGUUGGACAUGAGAAAGAUUGUUUUUCCCACUCUCCACUCUAAUUAUAAACCUUCAAUGAUAACUGUUCACUUUUAUAAUUGCACCUUUUUUCUGAGAUUGCCAUGUGUCAUUAGGGGCUCCAUUUCCCCAAGCCUCACCCACCCCAGUUUGAAAACCCAGGCAUUACAUGAAGCAAAACUCCUCUCACUAUGAGCAUACAAGCCCCUGUAUUUUCUAUCAGUCUAGCCUCACAAGAUUAAACACAACUUCCUCCCAGUUAACCUUUCAAAUGCAUAUUGAUGCUGGAGAGAAGUCCAUACUGUGAUUACUGAUAUUCUUUGCCAUUAAUCAAUGUUGCUCAUCCCUUGCUCCGAAUCUCUAUAUCCCAUGCAGUGAUUGGUCCUUCCAGCCCCUAUCAUCUGAAACUGACUGUGGAGACCAUGUCGAUGCACACUCCAAACCAAAAUGGAAAGAAAGCAUGGUGCCUGUAUUCUGGAAAAAUCAGAUUCGAUCUAAACUCCUGUGAAGCACAAGUUUGCCGGUGUUUAAUUGUCAACAACAUUGCUUUACAGAGUCACGAUUAUCACAAUAAGUUUUACCCUGGAACUUCUCACCCACAAAACCCUGCAACAAUAAUAAGAUAGCUUAAAUUUGGAUGCAUUAAAUUAUGUUUAUUGCCAUAUUUUAGUUUAUAUUUCUGACUUCUCAGUGAACUUUGGUUGCAUUUAAUUCCCAUUUAUUAAGUUCUGUUUUCUCAACUAAUUAAUAAUUUAUACCUAAAAUAAAAAUGUAUUUAUUGAUAAGACCAAGUUCAAAUUCUAAUCAAGUUGAUACUUCAGGUAUGGUUUAAAUGAUCUGUGUAUUGAGGUUGAUCUAUUCGUUUUUUUAACUAGUCUAGAAAAAAAAUCAUUCCAGGCCAAAGGAUUUAUAAGAUUUUCACUUUAGAAGAAUGAAGAGGCAAGGCAAUGAAACUGCUGUAAGUAUUUUUAGAGUAGUCACAUAUCCAAAUCUGUUUAGGAAGUAAAAUUAAAGGUAUAUGCAGUUACUGAAAACAAUCAAAUAAGGAAAAAUUUCUUUGGUCAGUGAAUGAAUAAGGGUAGUCUCUUCUUGCUUUGUAUCGAGGCUCUCUUUUAGAAUUCCUAUCCCCAAGUUCUGAAAAAACAGAAAUCCAGUUUAUGGUACCAGAGGAGGAAAAAUAAUAGGUAGUUUAGGAAAAAAACAAAUUUUAAAAUUUUAUCUGGUGUAAAAAUCCUUUCAAGAUGCUAACUUCCAAAUUCUAUGCAUGAUUUAUCAAACCAAUUUCUGACUGAGGCUAUUAUAGAUUACAAAACCAUAUUUUAUUACAAAUACAUUUACAUACGUUUCAUGGGCUCGGAAAUGUUCUCAUAAAUAAUGUGGAACAUCACAAGUGUCGAUGUAAUUCCAGGAUAAUUAUUUGAUCACAAUGCAAAACAAAUCAAAGUUGUCAUAUAUGUAUAGGGAGCAUUAACUGAAAAGAUGCAAAUAAAUAUAUGCUAAAAAAAAAUGACUUAGUAAAUAAUAAAAAAGCCAAAUUUUAACAUCUAAGAAGGUAAGUUUUUAUCCAGCUUAAACAGUAUAAACUAUGGUAAGGGGGAAAGUGUGGGAGCAGGCUUAUCCUCCAUAUGGCUCUUUCACCAGGACAGGAAACUAUACCAGCACAUGGCAGGGUUACGAUUGGUGGUAGGAAAUGAGGACAAAAUAGGGGAAGGCAAGUGUUUUAAGACACAGAUUCCUGUGACCUGGUGCUUAUAUUUGAAUUGAGUUUGGAUUGAGGGCCCUUUGUUGCCUGUGAGGGCUCAAAUGUAAUUUCCUAAAGGAGUCUAAUCUGGAGAUGCACAAAGGAAAACUAACCCUAAUUGGACACAAAAUUAGUAUUUUUCUAGGUAGUCCUAUUCAUUGCUGACAUAAGAAAUGGAAAAUCUGCACUUGUGCUGUGCCAGGCUCUUGUUUAGCAUUGGGUUCAAGGCUGGGAGAGAUCUUUACUUGGCAUCUAAUUUAUCCUGGCAACAGCUAAAUUGUCAAAAUUGUAUUUUUUUUAGAAUUGUGUCAAUUAGUAAAGAUCACCAAGUUUUUUUAAAACCAUAGAACAAUACAGCACAAUACAGGCCCUUCGGCCCACCAUGUCCUGAAGGUUAUACUGUCGAAGUCAGAAAUAUCUGUUAAUUCUGAAUUGCUUUGAAAUAGAGAUUUGUUUCUGAAUGGUAUUGUUUUGUUCAAACACUUGUAAACAUGAUUUCCUGUAGCCUGGUGACCUCAUCCUGAUGUGACUGUUAGAUUUCUUGCAUGUUUCCCUACAAUGGCUUGUCUAUCCUAUGUUAGUUUUUACCACAUACAGCUGAGGUGCUUGCACUUUUUGUUGGAGGCAUUGAGAGGGAAUUUUAUGUAAUAAGAUGAGUCUGCAAUAAGAAUCCCCACAGUGUGCAACAAACAUGAUGAACAUGCUGGAAUAAGUUAGGAAAUCAGUUUUAACUGCAGGACUUCAUUGGUUUAUGUAAAAAAAAGAAUUCUGGGAGGUUCAGGUUGUGUGUGUGUGUGUGUGUGUGUGUGUGUGUGUGUGUGUGUGUGUGUGUGUGUGUGUGUGUGUGUGUGUGUGUGUGUGUGUGUGUGUGUGUGUGUGUGUGUGUGUGUGUGUGUAUAUACAGUGACAGACGUCCAGGUGUGUGUUACAGACUGGAAUCUAAUUUAGGGAUUCCUGUUGGUUUGUAUGUGUAAUAACUGAGAUCCAGGAGAUUAUCACAGGCUCAGGAGUUUAAUAACAAGCUUGAGCAACGUACAACUGUCACCUGACUCUGGGUAGAUUUUAGCCUUGAAGUUGCACCCCAUCUGUUACUUUUCAGUGAUUUAUACUGUUAACCUUUUGGAUCAAUUUAUUUGUGAAAUUUAUUUUUGAGCUGGCAUUUCUCAAUGCAGACAUUAUCUGCUGCUGCACCAUUGAUGUCAGGUGGUGUUCACAACUCAAAAUUACUGAUUGUUAUUGUAUCACUGCCUUUUUAUUGAGAAAUGACUUACAGCUAUGAAGUUCUGAGACCAAUUUGAUAAAUAUAAAAAGGAAAGGAUACAAGAAAGUUUAAUAAAGAAAGAUUAGCUCAUGUCUCCAUUGUGAUUGAUAUCAUUUCCCAGUUACAGAAUGCAAAGACUAGUUCACAAGAUCAUUGAUUUGGAGCCUAUUGAAUGGUCAACUCACUACGAACAUACUGAAGAAACUGAUAUUAUUACAUGAGUUUCAGAAAAAAAAUCUGAAUCAGUUUCUUGAAUGGAGUCAGAUUUAGUCUCUGUAGAUUACUUGUGCUUGCCGUAUUCAUGUAAAGGACAUAUAGAUUUGGUAAUGUAAACAGAGAUGUAGACAUUAAAAAAAAUCAUAUUCAGGUUUUGUUAGACUGUAGCAACAGUAUGUACCAUAGGAUCUCCAAACCUUACUGAACACUGCCUUCUACCAAUGCUUGUUUCAAUGUGCUUGAGUAGUUACAAUAUAUCCACAUAUGCUGUUUGCUGAUACUGUAUUCCAAUUCUAGACCAUACUGCCUGCUGAGUAGUUUCUUCCAUCAUAUGUACUCAUUACAGAAAUUGCAAAAGAAAACAAAAGGAAUCUUGUCUGUUGUCCGAGUUAAGUUGCUGUCUGCGCUGUAUGUCAAAAUAUUAAAACUCCGUGCGAGCUCCUGAAGGGCACACAUUUAUGGCAAGUGGGAGGCCUUGUGUGUCUUUUGUUUCAAGGAAAAGUGAUGUGCCAUUUGUUAAUAAUAAAGAGAAUAAUGGAGAUGAUAUAUAUAAAGAAGAAAUGCUAUUUUAAAUUAUUUUUGGCUUUUUUUUUGCAAUAUUUAUUUUCUUGUAUUAGAGUACUUAUAAAUCCUUUGUAGAGAAGAAAUGUAUUUUCCAUUAGUGCAAAAGAAAUCGUAUAAACUGCAGACCUAUUAAUCUUUUGUACAUUUUCCAUGUCAGCAACCUUUAAAGCAAUAUGAUGUACCAGAAGUUGUGUACUUUGUGUAAUUGCCUUGCUGUUGGUGUCAACUUGGAAUCACUAAGUUCUCCAAUUGUUCCUUUUUGGAUCUCAAUUGGAGCAAAGUUGCACUUAAGAGUGCUACAAGAGUGAGACCCUCUAUGGAGAGGCAGACUUGUACAAAGGGAGAAAAGGAGACUGUAAGGAGAGGGACCCUGUUCACAAAGAGAAAGAAAUAGCUGAUUACCGAGUUUGAUAAAUUGGCAUUUGUCAGUUCAUUGGCAGCAUACAAUCAAUAAAGCAGUG